CCCGCCCCGACGCCGGCGCUGACGGCAGCACGCCGGGGGUGACCUCACCCUCCAACAUGGCGGCGGCGGUAGAUUAGGGCCGCGGGUCGGAGCAGCCACCGCCGCUGGGGGACCCUGUCGGAAACACCUGCCGCCGCCGCCGCCUCUUUCAUCUCCUCUGGGGCUGGGGCCAGGGCCAGGUUUUACACAUCUGUAAAUAGACUUUUCUGGAGCCCUGUCAGCCAACUCAAUGGCGUCCUCUACUACUGUGCCUCUAGGAUUUCACUAUGAAACAAAGUAUGUUGUGCUCAGCUACUUGGGACUCCUCUCUCAAGAGAAGCUGCAAGAGCAACACCUUUCCUCACCCCAAGGGGUUCAACCAGAUGUAGCUUCACAAUCUCUGGAUCAAGAAGUUUUACUAAAAGUUAAAACUGAAAUAGAAGAAGAACUAAAAUCCUUGGACAAAGAAAUUUCUGAAGCCUUCCCCAGCACAGGAUUUGACCGUCACACUUCUCCAGUGUUUAGCCCUGCUAACCCAGAAAGCUCAGUAGAGGACUGCUUGGCUCAUCUUGGAGAAAAAGUGUCACAGGAACUGAAAGAGCCUCUGCAUAAUGCCUUGCACCAGCUCCUCAGCCAGCCAGUGACAUAUCAGGCAUAUCGGGAAUGUGUUCUGGAGACCACAGUUCAUGCCAGCGGCUGGAAUAAGAUUUUGGUGCCUCUGGUUUUGCUACGACAAAUGCUUUUGGAGUUAACCAGACGUGGUCAAGAGCCUUUGCGCCCAUUGCUGCAGUUUGGUGUGACGUAUCUGGAGGACUGUGCGGCAGAGUACAUCAUUGAGCAAGGUGGCUGGGGCACCGUCUUUAAUCUUGAGCCAGAGGAGGAGUGCCCUGGCAUCACAGCGGAAGACAGCAACGACAUUUACAUCCUGCCCAGUGACAACUCUGGGCAAGUCAGUCCCCCAGAGUCCCCAACUGUGACCACCUCCUGGCAGUCAGAGAGCUUGCCGGUGUCACUGUCCGCCAGCCAGAGCUGGCACGCAGAGAGCCUGCCCGUGUCGCUCGGCCCUGAGUCCUGGCAGCAGAUCGCCAUGGAUCCGGAAGAAGUCAAGAGCUUAGACAGUAAUGGGGCCGGAGAGAAGAGUGAGAACAACUCUUCCAAUUCUGACAUUGUGCACGUGGAGAAAGAAGAGCUGCCCGAGGGCCUGGAGGAGGCCGCCGCUGCUUCUGUGGUCCUGUCGGCCAGGGAGCUGCAGGAAGCCUUCCCUGACGCCCCCGCUUCCCUGCUGCCACUUGUCACUGCCACCUCCUCGCUGCAGCCGAGGGACCCCGGCACGGAAGCGGCUGCCGUUGAGAGAGUUAGCCCCCCCACCUCCUUGUUCAUAGAAAUUGACGAAGAGGAGGUGAAAGCGGCCACGGCCCAGCCUGCUCGCGCGCAGGAGGUGGCGGCCCCCGCCCCGGAGCCCGGGAAGACUCUGCUGCGGGAGGAGGCGCCGGCCGCGAGGAAAGAGAGCACGGAAGGGCCCGGCCCCGCGGGGCCAGGCAAGGCCGGGCCGCUGGCCGAGGGCAAGGCCGGGCUGCUGCUCGGAGGCGCCGCCGCCGUGGCUCUCCUGGCGAUGGCCGUGGGCGUGGCGCUGGCUCUGAGGAAGAAGUAGACUUCAGGAGAGGAG